AUGGUGAGAACAAGGAUGGAAGAUUCAGAGGAUUCUACCUCCGCACGGUUGGACAGAAUGGAAAGAAUGAUAAUGGAGAUGGCGGAGACUCUACGACAACAACAACAGCAGCAGCCACAACUACAACCGCCACCACCACCGGUACCUCCGCCUGUGGUGCAAGACUAUCAUGCUGAGGACCAAACUAUUACUCUUACAAAGGAAUUCAAGAAGAUGAAGCCACCAAUAUUUAAAGGGGGAAUUGAUCCGAUGAAAGCUGAAGCAUGGGUAUUGGGUGUGGAGAAGCUAUUUGAAGUGUUUCCAUGCACUGAAGCUCAGAAGAGUAUGCAAGAUAAGAAGGUGACCGAGUUUGAGACUCUGAGACAAGGGAAUAAGACUGUUGCGGAGUAUGAAGCCCAAUUUGCAAAACUAGCCCGGUUUGCACCCCACAUGGUGGACACGGAUUACAAGAAGUUACCCACAUAUGUUGAUGUAUUAGAGAGGGCUGUCAUGGCAGAGGGGAAUAUUACUGCACAGAAUCGAAUUUCCGAGUGGAAGGGGAAGAGGCAGAAUACUCAAGUAUCCAACGGGCCAACACCUCCACCAAACAAGAAACUAAAUUUGGGAACUUCAAGUGCUUCCACUCCUACUCGAGAUUCAGCCCCCAUUUGUUCAUAUUGUGGGAAGAAACACUGUGGGACUUGCUAUCGGGUGAUUGGAGCAUGUUUUAGGUGCAGUAAAACAGGUCAUCUGGUAAAGGACUGUCCUCAAAGGAAUCAACAAAAUGGAAAUAGAGCUACUACAAGUUCGGCUAGAUCUACACUAGCUCCCAACAUCAAGUCAGCUGCAAAGUCUACAAACAAUAAGGACACUGCUAGACAAGGAAAGGUGUUUGCGUUGGUUCCGGGUGAUGUGCAAAAUGCUGCAGCUGUGGUGUCAGGUGCAUUUAUUGUUCACGGUCAUUUUGCUCAUGUGUUGUUUGAUUCUGGUUCCACCCACUCCUUUGUGUCAAAAAUAUGUGUUCAAAAUUUAGAUAGAUCUGAGGAAUUAUUACCUUAUGUAUUAUGUGUGUCUUCACCUUUGGGGGUUUCUAUGGUUUGUACUUCUGUUUAUUUUGCUUGUGAACUCCUAAUUGGGGAGGUCCGGGUAUAUGGCAACUUGUUACCUCUUGACAUGACUCAUUUUGAUAUCAUUUUGGGAAUGGAUUGGUUAAGUGAGUAUCAAGCAACUAUUGAUUGUAUGACCAAGCAAAUUAGUUUCCACCCUCCGAGACAGUCAAAAUUCACUUUCAAGGGACAUGGAGUGAUCUCUCCACCUUACAUAAUUUCUGCCAUGAAGGCAUGCAAAUAA